UUGGGAAAUUUUUCAUCAGUUGCCGAUUCCUGUGGCUCUGAGCGAGAGUCCACUCGCGAUCGGAAAAGAAAAUUGUUCUGGGAAAAGUGCUCUAUCUGUCUCUCCUUUUCUCUCCGUAACACCCAAGUGAUAUCAGUGUUGGUGAAAUAGAGUUCAAGAAAAGCUAGAAAAUUCUAUGCAUAAACUUUCUCAAUUAGUGGAAAAGUUUUCACGAAGCUUUCCUUUCUUCUAGCGCAGUGGAAAAAAUAGAAAAUUCUCAUAAGUUUGAAUAAAACUGGAAUAAUAUCAAGCAGGAAUCUUCUUACUAGAUAAUCUUUAGACUAAAAGGAAUGCCCGUCAAUGGUGCAACGAGCAAAGGCUCAAGUGGACCAUCGAGGACGACAUUCAGGCCACCAUGGGUUAAGGAUGCAGAUGGUGAUAAAGUUCCCUCACCGUCCAGGCUUAAGUCUGCAGAGAAGGGAGAUGGAGUGAAAAAGACUGCUGCUGCUGCUGAUCCCAAGGAGAAUGGUCAACCUAAGCAAAUGAGUGUGAAGCUGCAGUCGCGAGAGGUAAAGGUACCCGUGAUGACUGAAACAAGACGACCAUCUCAGCAGCUUUUGAAGCCCAAGAAGAAGGAACCUGAGCCUGAACCUGAGUCAGAGACAGAAUCCGAGGAGGAGGAAUCUGAGGAGGAAUCUUCUGAUUCUGAACCAAAGAAACCCCCUCCAAAGGUGGUCAAAAAGCCCGUUGAAUUGAAGAAGGUGGAAGAGACAAAACCAGUUAAGCGACGAGAAAAUGAAAAGUUACCACGGAAGGAUUCAACGACAGAUGCCACAGAGAAGCCUAGGAACAAGUUCAUGGGAGAAGUUAAACUGAAGCCUGUGCUCAAGAAGACACCCAACAUCGAUGAACUGCCAGAGAGGCCAAAGUCAAUGUUGCUAGAGACACCAGUUCUGAAAAAAGUAGUCAAGCCUGAUCCCGAUGAACUGCCAGAGAAACCACGAAAUGUCCUUCCGGAACAACCAGUGCUGAAGAAGGUGGUAAAGAAAGAGGCACCAAUUGUGCCCAAAACCAGUGAUACCGAAUGGAAUAACUUCCAGCUGAAAGAAAACGUUGCAGAACAAGAGCAGAAUACAGCUAAAAAGCCAAUAGCUCCACCACCACCUCCACCUCCAGGAAUAAUGCCACCACCACCACCUCCUCCGCCAGGCCUGGCCCCUCCGGUGGAAUUUGAAAAGAAACCGCUGUCGGAAAAGCAACAAAAGGUCCUAGAUCGCCUACGAACACGAGCCCGACGUCGUCCGGACUGGUCUGAAAUGAUGGCCGAAGUUGAGCGUGGACGAAAACUUCGUCACGUCGAGUGCAAUGAUCGUUCUAAGCCAAUUCUAACAUCCAAGUCCAUGACGAAGGUUAAGGGGCAGUUCAUCUUUGAGACAGAGAAAGCAAAUGCCCACAAUGCCUUGCUGAAUCAGAUUCAGGUGGGCAUCAAGCUUAAGCCAACUAAGUGCAAUGACCGCAGUCGACCUAUCCUCGAAGGAUUGCGCAAAUUCCGACGACAGAUGACAAUUGAGGAACAAAUCCAGAAAUCAGAAUCACGAGCAAACCUCAGCGAACCACCUGCAGAAGAGGAAGAAGAUGAAAUGGAUGACAUUGAUAAGCUUAGGGAUGACUUGCAGAGCACGAAACAAAUGUUGGCGCUAGAAUUGAGAAAUAAGGAAGCUCACGAGAGGGAAAAUAAGCGUCUUUUAGCAAGAAUACAAAAUCUCGAAGCUGAGCUUGAAAGAGAACGAUGGUCAGUUACUGGUGAACCUGUGCAGAGAAUCAAUACCCAACCAGCUGAAGAGCUCGUGCAGUCCCUGAAAAAGGAAGCUGAAGAUGCUCAGAAGCAAGCUUCUAUGCUGGAGAAGAAGUACCAGGAUACAGCAGAACAACUCGAUAAAGCAAAAAGUGAAAUUGAAGAACAAAAGAGGAAAAUCGCUAUACUUGAGAAACAGGUUUCACAGGGUUCAAGACCACAAAUUCAGUGGCAUCAUUACUCAUACGAGGACGAUGAUGAAGAGGAUGAUUUCCAACGAAGAAGAUCAUUCAGGCGUCAGGGAACUGGCCCAGGAGGUGGAUCGAGACGUGACAGUGAAGCCCCACAAAAGGACAGUUCUCCAGAACCAGAACCCGAGGUAUCGGAGAGUGAUAGUGAAGAGGAUGAGGCGACCAAGGAGGAGCGCCGGAAACGUCGCCUGAUGCGUGAAGUGAAGAUGCUCCAUACGAAAUUGACUCGGCUCAAGGAUAAAGAGAAAGUGGCCAAGAAGGAGCGUGAAGGUCUAAAGGACGCCAUGAAGAAGGCUCAAGUGGCUCUCAAGGAUGAAAAGAAAAAGUAUCGUGGUCUGCAGAAAGAGGUUGACAAGAUGGCCAAGCUCAUGAAGGACGUUGAUGUGGAUGAGGAUGAAGAGAAGGAGGAGGAAGAAGAUGCCGAAGAGGAGGAAUCUGAGGAGGAGUCCGAGGAAGAGUCUGAAACUGAAUCUGAGAGUGAAGAGGAUUCUGAGAGUGAAUCUGAAGCUGAAGAUGCCACAGAUGAGAAGAAGAAGGCAAAUUUGGAGCCAAGGGUGAAACGACACGAAGGACUCCUGGCAGCACUUAAGAAGGGCAACUAUCUCCAUCAAGCCAAUGUGGAUCGUCUCAAAGAUGAGGUCAUCAAACAGCGUGAAGCCUCUGAAAUACUCCAACGUGACCUUGACUCAGUUCUCUCUGAACUGGGUUAAGGUCAGGAACUGAGGAAGACCCAGAAUGACAUUAAGAUAUGCCACCUCAGCUGCAUUAUACAGAGCAAAUGAGGAAACCAUCCUCCUUCAUCGACAGUGAGGGAGUUAUCUACUAAAGAGAUUAAGGAAUGGAGUAAAUCGCUUUGGAAUUUCCUUUAUAUUGCUUUCAUCGAGCUACUAUAUUACUUUUUGCAUAAAGGCGUUUUAUUAUUUAAUUUCUUAUGCCAGCAUUACACAACCAAUUAACACCCAAACCAUUUUUUUCUAGUAUUGAUGGUGGUGAAAAAGAAACGUUUACAUUAUAUACAAUUUUACUCUGUA